AUAACCGCACAGUGCUGUGCUCUAUUUAACCCGUUGCGCCACCAGGGAGGGUCAUUAAGAGGCGCUUAGGUGAGAAUCUGGGAAGGACUUUGAGACUGGGGACCUUGAGAUGAAGUUGCCCAGGAACGACUCAGGAGACUGGUGAGCGCCUGGAGCAGAGAGUGCCCAGGAGGCCAGAGCUGGUCAAGGGAUUUCCGCUCCAGGCCAGACCUGACCUCUUCCCCACCCCCUUCUCUCCAGCCUCCGUCAUGUGGAACAUCUCCAACGCCAGCUUCUCCUGCUACCAUGAGUCUGUGCUGGGCUACCGCUACGUUGCUGUCAGCUGGGGGGUGCUGGUGGCUGUGGCGGGCACUGUGGGCAACGUGCUCACCCUGCUGGCCCUGGCCAUCCAGCCCAAGCUCCGGACCCGCUUCAACCUGCUCAUCGCCAACCUGACGGUGGCCGACCUGCUCUACUGCACCCUUCUGCAGCCCUUCUCGGUGGACACCUACCUGCACCUGCACUGGCGCACAGGUGCCACCUUCUGCAGGCUCUUCGGGUUCCUCCUCUUCACCUCCAACGCCGUCUCCAUCCUCACCCUCUGCCUCAUUGCCCUGGGCCGCUAUCUCCUCAUCGCCCACCCAAAUCUCUUUCCGCGAGUGUUCAGUGCCCGCGGGAUAGCGCUGGCGCUGGGGGGCACCUGGGUGAUAGGGGUGGCCAGCUUUGCCCCGCUCUGGCCUGUCUAUACCUUAGUACCUGUCGUCUGCACGUGCAGCUUCGACCGCAUCCAAGGCCGGCCCUACACCACCAUCCUCAUGGGCAUCUACUUUGUCCUUGGGCUCAGCAGCGUGGGCAUCUUCUACUGCCUCAUACAUCGGCAGGUGAGGCGGGCGGCGCGGGCUCUGGACCAGUACAAGCUGCACCAGGCAAGCGUGCGCCCCAGCCACGUGGCUGGGACCGAUGAGGCCAAACAUGGUCACCCCGAGGAGCUGGACAGCGGGCUGGCAUCGGGAGUGCCCAGUGAGGGGAUUUCGUCUGAACCGGUCAGUGCCGCCACCACGCACACUCUGGAAGAGGGAGGAAUCAGCAGCAGUGGGGAGCAGAGCAGCAGCAAAGUGGCUAAGCCGCUGGCAGAGAAAGGCCCCCAGGAAGCAGGCGCUCACCCCCAGCCAGCUAAAGCAGGCCACAGAGCUCAGGACUCUCCGUCGGAGUUCGGGAAGGUGACGCGGAUGUGCUUCGCCGUGUUUCUCUGCUUCGCCCUGAGCUACAUCCCUUUCUUGCUGCUCAACAUCCUGGAUGCCAUGGUCCGGGCUCCCCGGGUUCUGCACAUGCUCGCUGCCAACUUCACCUGGCUCAACAGUUGCAUCAACCCUGUGCUCUAUGCAGCCAUGAACCGCCAGUUCCGCCAAGCCUAUGGCUCCGUCCUCCAGCGGGGGCCCCAGAGUUUCCGUAGGCUCCCCUAGAACCGGCUGCCUCCCAGUCCGCAGCACCCAGGACCGUCUUCGCCAGAAGUAACGUGGCCAGCUGACAAGGCAGUAGGUGACAGUGAGCCCUGUGGACGUCUUGAAGACAACCCCGCCCCCGUGCUCCCAACCCCCCACCGGCCUUGCGUUCCCUUCCUUGGUUUGGCCUAGGUGGCCAGA